GGGUGUCUGGGGAUAAGACGAAUAAUUUGACGAUGCACGUCGUUUCGGAUCAAAGAACGAUGUUUGGCUGGUGCAAUUGUUACCAAGAAUUGCCAUAAAUAAUGUGUCAUCCGCACAUGACAUCAUAAGUUGCAACAUCGUCAUCGCUUGUGACCUACCUACUUAAGUCCUACCUACCGCAAUUUUAAUCCUCACUUAAUCCUUCAUCAUGCCCAGGACGGCUACUUUCGGCAAGAGCCCAAUAGUGCUCCUGUCAUUGAUACUUGAGACGGUUACCUUCGUCAAGAGCCUAAUAGUGCUCCUGUCAUUGAUACUUGAGUCUGCUACCAUCUAUUGCAUCCAUCCAAAUAUGGAAACUUCGACGGUUGCGCUCGCAAUCUUGCACUCAUCAUUUUCAUCGUCCGGAGCUGGUUCACCAUCCCAAGCUCAUAGCGGCACAGCCACGGACCUUUCAAGGCAUUAUCCUUGUCCAUUUCGUUUGGUACUGCUCCCCACAUAUCGCAAAUCCCUGACAGCUUUCUCGUUCCCUCCGGUUCUCCACAUAGUAAUGUCUUCGAGUGAAUGCGAUGGUUUCAUUGGAUCCGGUCACCCUGCUUCGCAAGCCGAGCUCUAUUCAAUCGGUAGAGGAAAGCCGUGUCAGCAGCUGCUCAAGCGCUCACAUAUACAGCUCGGUUCCGGCACAAUUAAACACACCUGUUCCGAGUUGCAACGACACGGAUGGUGCUCUCUUUCUCCUCCUUUGUCAUAUCCAAGCAAUUCAGCUUCAGGUCGCGACGGAAGUGUCAAAUAACUGCUAGGCUAAAUCUUUACCAUCGGUAACUGCUAGAACGUUCGUCGCCUGGACCCUCGCCGUCUCGUCAUGAAUGAACCGAAUAUCAAUAUUAGUUGAAACUUGAAACUAGUACCAGUCAGCAGAGGCCACUUCAACGGUCAUCAGUUUUGGCAAGCCUCAAUAUCGACAUACUUACUCGUGUAUUCGUGGAGUGUUCCUUCUCUUCUCGCCACCAUCAUGUGGUCUUGCCGCCAACACCCCUCG